CCAUAGUUUCAUUUUUGUAGUUUUUAACAUAUUACAAAGACGUGAUGCAUGUCUUCAUGCUCAACUUAUAGCAACGAAACCUUAUUUUCAAUCUUCUGUUCAGGAAAUUCAGUCGUUAAGCAGUUCUGAUAUUGAAACAGCUCUGAAGAAUAUCUCCACUAGAACAUAUGAUAAGCAUUCUAGCAAAGGAUUAGGCAAACUAUUAAAUCAUAUAAAAACAAUCGGUGGUCGCGUUAUGGGUUCAGCACAUUCACGUACAGCUUUACGCACACAUAUCCAUGCAUUAAUUUUCAACCAAGGACUACCAAGUAUUUUCUUAACUAUCAAUCCAGCUGAUAUUCAUAGUCCAGUCGCAUUAUAUUUUGCCGGUGUCAAACUUGAUCUCGACAAUGUUCAAGCAGAACAACUUAUGGAUACAUACAAACGUGCCGAAAUCAUAGCUUCUCAUCCUGUUGCGACAGCUAAAUUCUUUCAUACGUUAAUUUCCAAUAUCCUAGAUACAAUGAUUAUUGGCGGGGUACUUGGUCCUGUAAAAGCUUAUUUUGGCACUGUUGAAAGCCAAGGCCGAGGUUCACUUCAUUUACAUCUAUUGAUCUGGCUCGACAUCAAUAUAAAACCAACUGACAUGAAGGAAAAGGUUCAAGAUCCAAAUUUUCGUGAGAGACUUAUAGCAUACUUGGAAGAUAUUAUCAAAGAAGACCUAGAUGAUUUCAAAGACAUAGAAACUCAAGCGGAAUCCGUUCCAUCAUCAUCACAUACUUCACCACGGCUGACAACAGAUAGUCUUUAUGCAGCUUUGCGCACUAUGGAUAUUACGAAUCUUGAACAAAAUAGAGAUCAUUCUAAUCCUUCUACUGUUUGGUCAACACCAGUUAAAGGACAAUUAUCACCAUCGAUUCCAUAUGCGUCACCAGUCAUGCUUGGUGGAUCUCCAUCAAAUUCACAUCGAUCCUGGUCAAUACCGUAUGCAUCUCCUCGUCGAAACGAACUAUUACAAACACCAACGUCUGAUCGGUCAAUAUUGGAUAUAAAUGUUCCAUCUAGUCAACUAAAACUAUUCCCAGCCUGUUUACCUACACCAAAUCCAUCAUCUCCGAAUUUUAAAGCAAGAUUUCGUGCUGAUGUGGUACUAUUAGUUGAAGUACAGAACACUCACUGCCACACAGAUACCUGUUACAAAUACUAUGAUGUUAUGUCCAGCGGAAAAAGAAUUUGUCGACUACGUUUGCCACGAAAAUUAGUCCCGAAGUCAAUGGUCGAUCCUGAAACAGGUGAUAUACGUAUGCGACGAUCGCAUCCGAUGAUUAAUAAUUUUAAUGAAUAUAUCAUAUCCGCAUGUCGUUCCAACAUGGACAUCAAAUUUAUUUGGACAGGCAGCGAUGCCAAAGCUCUGGUCUAUUAUAUUACCGACUAUGUAACAAAAUCCAGUCUUUCUUUUCACGAUACAUUUUCUCUUAUCCAAAAAAAUGUCACAUCAUUAGGAGACAUGUCAAACCAAACGGAUGGUACAGAGAGUGCCACUGAAAGAUCACGUAAAUUUGUUUUACGUUGCUAUAAUACACUUGCGUCUCAACAAGAAUUAUCUGGAGUUCAAGUUGCUUCCUAUCUUAUGAACUGGAACGAUCAUUAUACGACACACAAGUUUCAAGGACUUUAUUUAAUUCAAACUGAACUAUAUCUACAGUCAGAAUUGAAUGAAUUACGUGUCAAACAAAACUUAGAAACAAAUUUAUAUGAUGUAAUUGAUGAUAAUAAUGACGAUGAUGACAAUGUACACAACGAUGAAAACGCACACGAUAUAAAUAAUAAUGAAGAAAAUUUUCAAAUUCAAUCUACCGAAAAUGAAAAUGGAAAGAGUUUUGUGCUAGUUAACGCCCGAAUUGAUUAUCAGUGUAGAUCACAUACUCUCGACAAUGCUCCCAUGCUUGUAUUUAGAAAUGAAAUACGAACGCAAUUGAACCACAGAUCAGCAAUUCAUAAUGCAGUAGAAGUCGGUACCAAUCUAAUGCCAUGUGUCGCUCAGGAUUUUUGUAAAGGCAAGGCUGUGGAGGAGCCGGCACUUGUGAAAAAAUUAUUAGAACUAUCUGAUAGUAAGACUGAACAUUUACCAAGUUUGUUACCGUUAGUUCCUGGAAUGCCAGUUAUUAUUACACAAAAUAUUGCUAUAGAACAGGGAUUAAUUAAUGGUAUGCAUGGAAUCCUUAGACAACUGGUUUAUGAUCUUGAUUCAGUGUCAACAGAUAGUCUUUCAAAAACUUUUCCUGUAAACACCCAAUAUGUCCAUAAACCAAGAUAUGCAUUGGUCCAAAUCAGUAAAUCAAAAGUUGAAUGUAAUCUUAAAAAUCUGCAACCAAAACUUAUCCCAAUACCGAUAAUGGAACAAACAUUCCAAUUAUGGAACCACUUUGGUGAGAUUCCACCCACGCCAUCCUUACCCACCCUCAUUACUGGUUCACUAAGUCUCUUUCGAUGUUUCCCUACAUUCACAGAAGCUCUAUGA